AUGCCGCACUCACCGGAGACCUUUUUACCUCCGGUGAUCAACUCGACCACCGGAAAGAAACAGACCUUCCUAUACGCGCCUCAGAGCCACAAGAUGGCCUCAAAGAUUCCACGAUACGGAACCUGGGAGAUGACCGACUUGUUUGUGAAACAGUAUCCGCCCUUAUUCCACGCAGCAACCGAUGUUCGUGCAUUCGUGAGAGCACUGUCGUCGAUGCCGAACCUGCGACAUCUUCGCAUCAACUGUGAGGGUCAACCACGCAGCCACCGGUAUCGUCGGAGUAUCGUGGAUUAA